AUGGCGCUGUCAAAGGACAGUGUCUAUCCUCUUUCCCCACCCAUCCACGGCUGCCUGCGCGUGCUUCUUGGCCUCUACCUCUUCACUGCUAUCAUCUACUCCUACGUCUGGUUCUCCAACAAUAUCGACAUCUACCACCUGCAUGACGUUGAUGAACCUUCGUAUACAACAGUGAUCGGCUCCUCCGCAAUCUCCUGGUCUUUCUCCUAUUUCACAUACCUCUCAUACUAUGGGCAGGGCUUCUAUUUCUUUGUCACUGCGGUGCAUACUUUCUUCGAUGCGAAAACGGGAACGAGCUGGCUGCAUGCCCGAUUGCCAACGUCCUUGCAAAUCCUGCAUAGCCUGUGCUACAGCAUGGUGACAUGCUUUCCCAUCCUUGUCACCCUCACCUUCUGGUGCACCAUGUAUGUCGGGCCGUGGUACACGUUGACGUUUGACGCCCUGGCCAACAUCUCCCUCCACGCAAUGAACAUAUUGAUGGCCUUGCCCGAGAUCAUCCUGCCCACCACCGAACCAUUGCCCUGGAUGCACUUGCAUUUUCUCAUGAUCAUCCUGUCGCUGUACCUUGGACUGGCAUAUCGUACACGUGUAACGGGCGGGUUCUGGGUGUAUGAAUGGCUGGAUCCGGAGCUGGGCAAGUGGAAGGUCGUGGUCCACGUCGUAUGCUACUCGGUGGCCAUCGCCGUCAUCUUUGUCUUUGUGAGAUACACAAUCUGGGUCAAGAAUUCGCUCCUCAGACGACACACGAGGAUACAGCUCGACCGGGACGAAGUUGCGGCAGAGAAGCUUGUAGGCAUAUUUGUCGUUUUCGAAUUCAAUUCAUGGCCACGAUCUUGCACUUUUGUAACUUAG